GAUAUCCUUUGGUAUUGUUCGAUGUUCGAAGUGUCAGGCAUCGUAGCAGCAGAGACAGCACCGUGCGGGUCCUCUUCUUUUUCGUUGACAACCGAGAGUAUCUAAUCAAAUACUGAGUGUGUCGUUCCAUCAGCCGAUGCACGCUCCCCUCUCCAGAAGAGAGGGCAAAGAACCCGUUUCUUGAAAUCUGAAAGAAUGCCAUAAAGCAAACAAAUCAAAUCUAUGCGCUUGUAAUAUUUUGCAAAACUUAUGGUAGGCAACGCAAUAGCCACUUUAGAGCAGAGUAUCUUAUUACAGAAUUCCAAAUUAAAUACAGCAUUAGAUCCAUCAAUCGAUCCGAUUCCCCAUUCAACAAUUCAUCGAUCCAUCCUGAAAGAAAUCAGCUAUGACCCAAGAAGUUGAUGAAGUGCUACGUUCACUCUCACCGGAAGAAUCGGCCGAAAAUGAUGGAUCCAAUCCUUUUCCUCACCACCACGUCCAAUGGGUUGGAAUCAGUGGUGGCGGCGAGCGCAGCAAUAGCAGCAACGACAGCGGUACCCGUGGCAGCAAUGUCAACGAUGGCGAUACCAAAAAGACUACGGGAACUGACGAGGGAAGCAUGAGCAACACGUCGACUCCGAGGAGGCCCUCGCCAAAGCAAAAGCAAAAGAACACUAUCGAUGAUAACACUCGUCCAGAAUCAUUCGAUCCACGAUUCAGCGAUCUUCCUUCCGCCGUAGGUGCUGCGAGAGAGGGUGGCCCCCAUUUUUCUCUUUUGACCGGGAUGCGGAAGGAUCUCAGGGCUCGCAUACCUCUAUACCUCGGUGACUGGAAGCGACCGGAUUCGUUCUUCAAGGUGUUGAACGCGACUGUAUUUGCCUUUGUGGUCCAGCUCAUCCCUGCCCUGAUUUUUGCCGAGCUUCUGGACAAGACCACCGAAGGAUCUUUGAGUGUGACCGAGACGCUGCUGUCGGCGGGGAUUAUUGGCAUAAUCUAUGCUGUCCUGUCCGGCCAGCCGUUGGUUUUGGUGGGAAUCACCGGGUGCGUAUCAUCUCGAAAACCUGCAUGCAACGAUUUUAUUUUUCUUCCUCACAAACAGGCGUCUAAAAAUCUAAGGAUUCAUUGUCUUAAUUUUUUUGGUUUAUUUUUUGCAUUGAUCACGUGCUGCAUUGUGAUGGAAAAGGCCCGUGGCAAUCUUGCUGGGAAAUUCGUAUCGACUGGCAGACCAAUUCCAAUCGGAGUACUGGCCUUUUUUUUGGUGGCUCUGCAUUUGGACCUCGAUUCUACAUCUUGUCACAGCCAUGAUCGGGUAAGUCAUAUGGCUUCAAAGUGGAAAGACGAAUGUUGGUGUUGUUCGGAGUAUGGACCAUGAAGUGGUCUUCAUCUGAUUCGUAUUAGAACGCAGAGAAACCUCUUCAAAUAGUUCUCCUUUUCCCCUUUCGUUACGCUGGUCCCUUGGUCAGAAUGUAUGCUCGUGCCCAUGCAUGCAGGUUGAUAUUCAUCUUGUAUUCUCAAAAAUAUAGUGCUUCUAACAUAAUAUUUCCCCUUGCUAAAAUUUGUUAGUCUCGUUGAUGUUGUCUGGACCAUUACACCCUUCACAACCCAAAUAUUCGAAUUCUUUAUUGCCUCAACUUUUAUUUUCGAGAGCAUUCGGGAUCUUUUCGAACCUCUUCAAUUGAGUCAAUCUACCUCUUCCCUUCUUUUCGAUGCUCCCGAUGAUAAAACUUCGAAUGAUGACACUAUGCAAGGACAGUUGCUCAUGGGAAGCAAUAUCAAUUAUAGUUCCUCAAUGCAACGAUCAGCAGCCUAUGCUGGAUUGGUAAUAGGUAUCGGGACCUUUUAUCUUUGUUGGGUCUUGCAUUUUGCAGAUACCUGGCUUUCCUUCAACAAUUCCUUUCGAACUUUUUUGUCAUCGUACAACAUGGCAAUUUCACUAGUAAUUAUGACGGGAUUGAGCUACGUUCCAGGAAUUGACCAGAGCGUUGCCUAUGUCCAAUCCGAUGGUCGCAUGGAGACCCUAGGUGGUAUCGAGCGCGUUCACGUGGCAGUUCCUUGGGACUGGCAGCCGACGGUUGAUCGAUCUUGGGUAGUCAAUCCACUUGUAGGGAUCUCCACCGAGGGCAUCUUUGGGGCACUCUUUCCGGCAGUCAUGCUCUAUCUCUUGUUUUUCAUUGAUCACAAUAUCAGCAGCAUUCUUACACAGUCUCCAAAAUACAACCUUACAAAGCCCCCGGCUUAUCACUGGGAUUUUUUCAUCCUUGGCCUAACCAUUCUCCCCUGCGGAAUUUUGGGSCUUCCACCUGGCAGUGGCCUGAUUCCACAGGCACCCCUCCAUACGCGGGCCUUGUGCACCCGCAAAUACGAGACCUUGCAUGGUCGACAGCACGAGAUCUUUGUUGAUUGCGAAGAGCAGCGCUGGUCGGCUCUCUUUCAGGCAGUCCUCAUGUUUGCCGCACUAGGUUCCAUGAGAGUAAUAUCAUGGAUUCCCGUAGGUUGUCUCUUUGGCAUAUUUUUGUACCUCGGAGUUGGCGCCAUGCAUGGGAAUGAGAUUUGGGAACGAAUCACCCUUAUCGUGGUCGGUCGAGAAUCGAGGCCCCAGAUCCCCGUAGUGAAACACGUGAAGCAGUGGAAGACAGUGGUAGCUUAUACCACCAUUCAAGUCGCCUUGGCGGCAGUCACCUUUUCGAUUGCCCAGUUCGUCUCGUGGGGUUACGUUUUUCCGGCCCUCAUUGCGGGCUUUGUCCCUAUCCGGUCCUUUCUAAUCGUCAGACUUUUUGACGAAACCGAUUUGAAGUACCUGGAUCCCAUUCACGAGACUGACGAUGAUUACAUUGCAGAACUCAUCGAGUACGAAGAAUCCCAAAAGCCUAGACAUGUUUCCGAAUUUGGCCUUGGAUUGUCAGAAUUUCGAAUUGGAAAUGUUCCCCACGAUCCAGAUGAGUACUACGAGCGACACCCCGAAUACCAGGUUUCCGAGAGAUCCUUUGGCAGCAACCACAGCCUUCGGAGCUCUCCGUUUUAGGAUACACAAAAUGUAUGUAGUUCUCUAGCAGACAUGACCUCAUAUGUAAAUUAUAUGUGGCAUUUGUGAGUGAAUCUACAGCCUUCCCACGCAACUCUAUCUAAUCUUUUGUUAUCGAACAUCAAAAUUAUUCGUGUUUCUACGAGAGAUCUUAUCGUUCAGGCCAUUCACUUAAAAUUUUCACAAUAACAUGAGGUGACAAUGAUGCGAAUUCCGGGAUGAUUCGUGUUCAAUUAGAGAUUUGUCGUUUUUCGAUUCCCAUCAUUCGUAGUUGCAUGUCCAUUGGGUCAUUCCUGCCAAAAACCCCGAUAUUCGAAGUCGAGGGGGGGGGGGGAUACUAUCAGAAACUUUUUUUACCCAGUAAGCGAAUCGAGACCCAAAAUUUAGGCUUCUGAGUUUUCGGGAAUUACAAGUGAUGAUGAUCUGUAGCUAGAGAACACUACGAGUAAUCUUGACUUGUACCAUGUUGUGUCAGACCUUCGAAACACUCAUAGUAACUUUCAAUGCAACCGUUGCACCAACGAAAAAUCAAUUUGCACGUUUUCC